GCGUUACGGAGGGGUAAGCAAUAAAUCCAUAUCUCAGACGACAAGGAAGGGGGGUUGGACCAAAGAGCCAAGGCAUGGCCUUCGCACUGUUCGUCAUGAGCGCGGCCUCUCUUUCCGUCUCUCUCCUCCUCUCAUUUUCCUUCGCUUCCGCUCCGAACUAGGGUUUCGAUAAGAAUUACGUUUUGUAGGAGAUACACCGUUCAAUGGUUAUGGAUUCUGGCCCCCAUAACAACCUGUCCGGCAUGAUGAGGGGAUUGCGUUAUGAUGAUCUUUAUUCUAAUCAACACAAUUUCGGGGCUCUUGGGUUAGGAGAAUCACAGCCCCCUGGAGGCCGUAGUAAUUAUGUGGGCUUGCCGCAAAUGUGCUCCCGGACAACCCAAAGCAGAUAUCCCGUCUCUACAAUUGGCAAAAGUGUCGAGGGAGAUAGUCCAGAAGAUAGUGAUAUCUUCUACUCGGACAUGGCCCUUAGCUACAUAAGCCGAAUGCUCAUGGAGGAAGAUAUUGAUGAGAAAAUUAGUACAUACAAGGAAGAGUCGGCCCUUCGAGCUGCAGAGAAGCCUUUCUAUGACAUCCUUGGCCAGAAGUACCCAUCGUCCCCUGAUCGGCCACCUCCGAUCAACAUUUACCAAAGUUCGGAGAGCCCAUAUGAGAGAAGCAGCAAUCAGUAUAUGAAUCUCUACAGCAGUGGUACCACUAGCAGCGGCGGCGGCAGCAGCAGCAGCAGCAGCGGCAGCAGCAGCAGCAGCAGCGCGGUUGUGGACAAUAGUGAUUCAUCAGAUAACCAACACUCUCGUGCUCAUGCAGGUUCUGUUGAUUAUUCACCUCAGACUCCUUCAAGCUCCUCAAAUAGCGUCAGCAGCAGUAUUGAGGAGCCUUUUAAUAAUGUGUCCAUAUCUCCUAAUUUAUUUUUUGGAAGCGUGCCGGCCUGGCAUUUCAAGAGAGGAAUCGAAGAAGCACGUAAAUUUCUUCCGAUCAAUGAUAAGUUGGUAAUCAACUUAGAGUCUAAUGAUGUUUCAUCAGCUCGAGUACCCAAAAGAGAAGGUAGUACUUUCAGUAUCAAGGCAGAGGGGGAGGAGAAAGAAUUUUCAUCAAGCGGAUCUAAGGUUAGAAAGAAUUUAAACAGUGAGGACUUGGAUUUAGCAGAGGGAAGGAGCAACAAACAGUCAGCUGUUUCCUCUCAGGAGGAGGUUAGGUCCGAAAUGUUUGACAUGGUAUUGCUUUGUCAGGGAGAUAAAUGCUCCAAGAAAAUGUCUGAUCUACGAGAAGCAAUGCAGAAUGAAGCGAGCAGAAAUUCACAGAAUGGUCAAACAAAAGGCUCAAGUGGUGGCAAGGCACGAGGAAAGAAGCAAACAAAGAAGGAGGUGGUGGAUCUUAGGACUCUUCUCAUCCUGUGUGCUCAAGCAGUGGCAGCUGAUGACAGGCGAACUGCUAAUGAACUACUGAAGCAGAUUAGACAGCACUCUUUCCCUCACGGAGAUGGGUCUCAGAGGUUGGCACAUUGCUUUGCAGAUGGUUUGGAGGCUCGUUUGGCUGGCACGGGAAGUCAGAUCUAUCAUGCUCUUGUGGCCAAAAGGACCACUGCAACCGAUGUAUUGAAGGCUUAUCAUUUGUAUCUCGCAGCAUGCCCUUUCAAGAGAAUUUCACAUUUUUUCUCCAACCAGACAAUCCUUAAUCUGGCAGACAAGGCAUCAAAGGUGCACAUAAUUGAUUUUGGCAUUUAUUUUGGGUUUCAAUGGCCAUGCCUUAUACAGCGCCUUGCCUCUAGGGAUGGUGGCCCCCCAAAACUGCGAAUAACUGGUAUUGAUGUGCCUCAACCAGGUUUCCGUCCAACAGAACGAAUUGAAGAGACAGGGAGAAGGCUUGCAGAUUAUGCAAAAAGUUUUAAUGUUCCCUUUGAGUAUCAGGCCAUAGCCUCUAAAUGGGAGACCAUUCGGGUUGAGGAUCUUCACAUUGCUAAGGAUGAGGUUGUGGUUGUCAACUGCUUGUACCGCUUCAGGAAUCUCAUUGAUGAGACUGUUGUUGUGGAUAGCCCGAGGAAUAGGGUCCUCAACACGAUAAGGAAGAUGAACCCCGAUGCUUUUAUCCAUGCAGUCGUGAAUGGAUCAUACAGUGCCCCCUUCUUUAUAACACGCUUCCGAGAGGCUCUGUUCCACUUCUCAGCUUUGUUUGACAUGCUCGAUAUGAAUGUGCCCCGUGACGACGAACAAAGGUCAUUGAUCGAGAGGGAUCUUUUUGGAAGGGAGGCUCUUAAUGUCAUAGCAUGUGAGGGCCCAGAAAGGGUUGAGAGACCCGAGACUUACAAGCAGUGGCAGGUCAGGAAUCUCAGGGCUGGGUUUGUGCAGCUUCGGCCGAACCCAGACAUCAUGAAGAAAGCAAAAGAUAAGGUGAAAGGUUGCUACCACAAGGAUUUUGUCAUCGAUGAAGAUGGUGGAUGGCUGAUUCAGGGAUGGAAGGGAAGGAUCGUUUAUGCGAUAUCUGCAUGGAAGCCUAAAGGAGCUUAGUAUUACCUUUUGGACAUUUGCAUAGAGUUGCACAUGCAUGCUUAGGGGGAUACCUUGCUUUUCUAUAUUCAAGCAAUUGGAUCUGAUUUAUCUCAACCAAGUCCUGACGAGGUAUUCGGGGCCAGACUUCCGGAUGCAACCCGGUCAAGACAUUGUAGAGAUCGGCAUUAUUGGCAAAGAAGUCACUGAAAUUAUGGAUUGCGAUGGACAAUCCAUCUCGAAAGUCUGAUAUGUCAACAAGCCACUGAAAUUAUGGAUUGUGAUGGACUACUCAAAAAUUCUGAUUGGGGAUCGAUGCAAGGCGCUGCUGAUAACAAAAUUUGAGGGUGAUGUCUUCUGGUUUGCAGGCUACAGCAAAGAAUAUGCUUACUAUUGUAUUGUUUGAAUAAUGAGAAAUCAACAGUCAAAUUGAGUAACCAUUAAGUCCAAAUUGCAGUGAUCUGGUGAUAACUAUCUACAAGACUACUAUGUGUAUUCUUUUUGGUGAGUCCUUCCUUGUCCAAAGCAUGCAUGAGCAACUGUCUGUAUCAACCACCCUCCAUUUAUUUUGGGUUUGAGGUCCUCCUCCUGCAUUGUUUAGUGACAUUGAUCUUAUCCCUACUUGUUUGGCAUUGAAUGUGAGCUCCAUGGUAAUGGCAGCAACUCAUAUUGGACUGGACCAUUUGUAAAACAGGGAAUCAACAGCUGAGAAGGGCAUGCUUUUUUUGUUC